UGGUUGUUUGCUCGCUCUUCUCCUCCUGCGGCUGAUCAGCCAAACAAGCUAAUCGGCCAGUCACCUCUGUACGCUGCUCCCCCGCUAAGAAGCUAAUGGCCGGGACAUAUAAUCCUUCUCAAAACAACCACAGAGAUGCUAAUUCUACCUCGCUAUAAAUACAGCUUGACUCCUUGUCCUCAUUCUUGAUUCCCUCUUGCCGUGGAAGCUUGGUGUCCGCUUCUGCGAACCUCAAUCCCCGGAAAGUGUCACCUACAUAAGAAGCAGCGAGUGGAUGCCAGGGUUCACCUUGUCACUGGACUUUCCGCCGAGAUGUUCCCGUUACCGAUGUUCACACCCGACCAGGUGGCCAGAGUUUGCGAAAACUUGGAGGAGACCGGGGACAUUGAGCGUCUCGGGAGGUUCCUCUGGUCUCUUCCCGCCGCUGUCCCAGGCUCCGCCGGGGAGGCGCUCAACCGGCACGAGUCGGUGAUGCGGGCUCGAGCCCUGGUGGCCUUUCACGGAGGGAACUUCGAGGCGCUCUACCAAAUACUCCAGAGCCACCGCUUCACGCGAGAAUCACACGCCAAGCUGCAGGACUUAUGGUUGGACGCGCACUACCGCGAGGCAGAGAGGCUCCGGGGGCGACCCCUGGGUCCGGUGGAGAAGUACCGCAUCCGAAAGAAGUUCCCGCUUCCCCGAACUAUCUGGGACGGUGAGCAAAAGACCCACUGUUUUAAGGAAAGGACUCGCAGCCUGCUGAGAGAGUGGUAUCUACAGGAUCCCUAUCCGAACCCUUCGAGGAAGCGACAUUUGGCCCAAGCCACUGGUCUCACUCCCACUCAGGUUGGAAACUGGUUCAAGAACAGACGCCAAAGAGACCGAGCAGCCUCUGCAAAAAACAGAUUACAGCAGGAUCCUUCCCUCCUGCCUCCGCAGAGCUCCCCCGAUGGCUCGCUUCAAGAGCGCCACCACCACCUGGGCAGCCCAGAGGCCAGCGACUGCAGCACAGGGACUGAGCACAGAGGGACCGGAGCUUCCACCCCAGACAUCUCCGUCAGCAGUGACAGCGAGUUUGAGUCCUGAGAUGUCACGCUCUCUUCAAGGACAGACACUUAACUUCUGCGGAGGAGAGAGCAGUUUGUCAUCAGCCGCAGUAGUGACUCAUGAACUGUGUUAUAGGCUGUCACUGUGACUUUUUGCUCAGACUGUUUGCGAAACAUUAUGCACUUAAAAGAGACUCUGUAAGCACAUCCAACAGCUCUACAACAUCUCUGGUUCAUGGUCAUGCAAUCAUAAGUUAACUAUGCAUUUUCAAAAAUGUUGGUCUCAGGCAGAUACAUGUGCAAAACAUUAACAUGUACAAUGGUUGACCAAACGCACAUGACAGCCAUUUUGGAAGAGGCAGGAUGAAUGGCUUCUGUGGUUAAAAAAAGUAUUUCUAAAGGAUUACUGAGCCCAACUUAUGGAAACAACAAUAAAAUGCAGUGCGUUAUUUUGCAGUUGAAAUUUUCAGCACUCAUGAAACAAAACACGUUUUUUCAGUCAUACAAACUCUGCAUUACUGUAAAUCAGCUCCAAACGUGCUAAAACUGCCUUACAAGAAAAGAGGGAGCUUCAUUCUCUUUCAAUGCAUGAUAAUCAUCGCCACUGACGUUUUCUUGUUUAGACUCACCUGCCCAAAAUUUGUAUCAGUUUGUCGUUUGCUUGCUGCUGAGCUGCUCUGACUCGGUCCUGCAGAUGGUGACGGAGAGAGGAUGUAAAACACUGGUUUGUCAAGUGUGCCUAUGACAUUUGAGACAUCAAUCUUGUCCUUAAAUCGACCCUCCAAAACCCAUGAGAGAGCCUGCCAAUUGUCGUCUUUCGUAUACACCCACUGUUUUCAUAGAACCCAUGAAUGCUUUUUAAUGAAAGAUGUAUUUUGUAAAUGUUGUAUGUAAAUAAAUUUUUUAUCCAAAGUUA